AUGAGGAAGAGGGAGAGAGAAAACCCUUGUUCGGUUUGUGGGCACUACCACAAGUACGAAGAAGGAGAAGUAUGUGGAAUCUGUGGCCACCGUAUGCCUGUUACCUCCGAUAUGGCGGCUGCGCAAGUCCAUCUCAGCGCUUUUCCGUCGGAGAUCUUGCCGGAGUUUCUUUACCUCGGGAGCUACGACAACGCCUCUCGCUCUGAGCUUCUCAAGACUCAGGGGAUCUCUCGUGUUCUCAAUACGGUUCCUUUGUGCCAGAAUCUCUACAGGAAUUCAUUCACUUAUCACUGUCUUGCUGAUGAAAAAGUCUUACAGUUUGAUGAUGCUAUCAAGUUCUUAGACCAAUGUGAGAAGGACAAGGCACGUGUUCUUGUGCACUGCAUGUCGGGGAAAAGUAGAUCACCAGCGGUUGUUAUAGCAUAUUUGAUGAAACGUAAAGGGUGGAGACUCGCUGAGAGUUAUCAGUGGGUUAAACAACGGAGACCCGCAACUGACAUAAAUCCAGAGUUCUACCAACAACUGGAGGAGUUUGAGCAGACGAUAUUCGGAUCAAGAGAUGGGAUGAUGUCGGCAAUGAAUAUCAACGAUGCUCCAACAUUUGGGUUUGGCUUCCCUAAGGUUGAUAAUCAACCGCAACCCCCUUUGUUCAACAAUGCUCCUGCUUCUUCUAUAUUUUCAUCUCCUGCUUCAAGUAUCCCUCCUCAAGAGUUCACUUUUGGAGCAGCUCCAACGAAACCAACAACUGGUGGCGAUAUUACCAUGGAUGGCUCAUAA